GGGUAGCGCCGCCACUAAGGCCGGGCCCGUUCCGGCCUCGCGUCCCCAGCUCCUCCGGUGCCGGUCCCUUGUCGCCCCACCUCACUCAGUGCCCGCCGGCCUUCGCUCCGGCCCGGCGCCCUCCCGCAGGGCUCGGCCCACCUCGCCUCCUCUUGUCACCUGCGGCCUCACCCGGCUCCCCGCAGCCCCUUUCCACCCUGCUGUGACUUAGCGCUGAGGGCCAGCUACAGCACAAAGCCAAACGUUUGGAAGUUGAAGGAUGAAAGCUGUGUUGCCCUUUCAUUGCACACUGAGGCGAGCAGCGCUGUUUUCUCCAGCUGAAAUGACUUGCUAAACAUGGAAGCUUUUGGGAAUCUAAAAGUGAAAAUACUCAGUAUGGCCUCAUCAUCAGCACCUAAAUAUAAUUCACACUCCUUGGAGAGCUCAUCAAUUAAAAGAACUCUAAAAGAUGGAGCUAACUGGGAAAAAAGUGAAGAAAUACCCCGUCUGCCAGGAGAGACUAGAGUUACAGACAAGGAUGUUAUUUACAUGUGUCCAUUUAAUGGUCCCGUUAAAGGAAGAGUGUACAUCACAAACUAUAGGCUGUACCUACGAAGUGUGGAAAACGAUCCAGUUGUGGUAUUGGAUGUUCCAUUAGGUGUAAUUUCAAGGAUUGAAAAAAUGGGAGGAGCUUCAAGCAGAGGAGAGAAUUCUUAUGGAUUAGAUAUAACGUGUAAAGAUAUGAGAAAUUUACGCUUUGCAUUAAAACAAGAAGGGCACAGUCGAAGAGAUAUAUUUGAAGUCCUCACAAAACAUGCUUUUCCCCAGUCCCAUAACCUGCUAUUUUUUGCCUUUGCAAAUGAAGAAAAGUUCUCAGAAAAUGGAUGGAUGGUGUAUAAUCCAAUGUCUGAAUACAGGAGACAAGGACUUCCUAAUGAACGGUGGCGAGUAACAUUUAUUAAUGAACAUUAUGGACUGUGUGACACAUAUCCAUCGCUCCUUGUAGUGCCAUAUAAUGCAACAGAUGAUGACCUUAAGAAAGUUGCUGCAUUCAGGUCCCGAAAUAGAAUCCCGGUUCUGUCAUGGAUUCAUCCAGAGAAUCAAGCUGUUAUUAUGCGCUGCAGUCAACCCCUGGUUGGAAUGAGUGGGAAGCGAAAUAAAGAUGAUGAAAGAUACCUUGAUAUAAUCAGAGAGGCUAAUGGACAGAUCUCAAAGCUGACCAUCUAUGAUGCAAGACCCAAUGUCAAUGCAGUUGCAAACAAGGCAACUGGUGGCGGAUAUGAAAGUGAAGAUGCAUAUCCCAAUGCAGAGCUUUUCUUCUUGGACAUUCACAAUAUUCAUGUCAUGAGGGAAUCCUUGAAGAAAUUGAAAGACAUUGUUUAUCCUAACGUGGAAGAGUCUCACUGGUUGUCAAGUCUGGAAUCAACCCAUUGGUUAGAACAUAUAAAGCUUGUCUUGACAGGAGCUAUUCAAGUGGCAGACAAGGUAUCCUCAGGAAGGAGCUCUGUGCUGGUUCACUGCAGUGAUGGCUGGGACCGAACAGCGCAGCUGACAUCGCUGGCCAUGUUGAUGCUUGACAGCUACUACAGAACAAUUGAAGGCUUUGAAGUUCUAGUGCAAAAAGAGUGGAUAAGCUUUGGACACAAAUUCGCAUCGAGAAUAGGGCACGGUGAUAAAAACCAUGCUGAUGCAGACAGAUCGCCCAUCUUCCUGCAGUUUAUUGAUUGUGUCUGGCAGAUGUCUAAACAGUUUCCUACAGCCUUUGAAUUCAACGAACAAUUGUUGAUUACAAUCCUGGAUCACUUGUACAGCUGCCGGUUUGGGACUUUCUUAUACAACAGCGAGUCUGUUAGAGAAAAAGAGAAAGUGACUGAAAAAACAUUAUCACUGUGGUCUUUAAUAAACAGCGACAAGUCUAAAUACACCAAUCCUUUUUAUAGUAAAGAGCUAAACAGAGCUCUCUAUCCAGUAGCCAGCAUGCGUCACCUUGAGCUCUGGGUCAAUUACUACAUCAGAUGGAACCCAAGAAUCCGACAGCAACAGCCAAAUCCAGUGGAGCAGCGUUACAUGGAGCUCCUUGCGUUGCGAGAUGAUUAUAUGAGGAGACUUGAAGAACUACAGAUCACAAAUAACUCUAAGAUAUCCAACUCAUCAGCCUCGUCAACGUCUCCCUCACAAAUGAUGUCCCACGUACAAACACAUUUUUGAAGAAAACGUUGGCUUCUUUCUAUAUCAUAAUAGCAAGUGGUGCUUAACAUAGAUCUAAGAGUAUAAAGAAGAGUAUUUUAAUGCCUUACGUUAGAUUGUCCUAACACAAAGUAUUUUAGACUGUCUUCAUUCGAGGAGGACUUCAGAACAAAACCAACUCUUCCAUUAUGUGCCUUUCGGAACCUGUAAACUGGGAACAGGAAUAAUUGACUUCUAGUUACAGAGUACUUUAGAGUUAUUUUGGAAAGUCUGGUACAGUUUGAAAUGAAAUUGAUUUAUUGUUUUCAUAAGAAUGCUUUAAUUUAUUACAUUAUAGGUCUGUCCUUCCUGUAAGGGAAUUCAUGAGCAGUCUUGGAUAUUGUGAAUAAAACCCAUUAACAUCAAGAGGAAUAUUCACAUCGUGUCAAAGUAACCACGUGUCUAUUCCUGUUAGGAAUACGGCUGUGGACUUGGUGAGGCAAAAAUAAAUCACGUGGUAAGAUUUCAGAGGGAAGUUACGAAGUUAAAAUGUUCUGGUUAUCCGAGAGUUCCACGUUUUCUUGCUCCAAAAUAAAUGAAAAGAUGGAAGGAUCUAGUUUUAAUUAAACAGUGCAGGUUGCCCAGCAGGUAUCAAAAGAAAAGAUGGUUUUUUAUUGUAUUUUUUUAAGAGAUGACAGUUGCACUGGAUUCUGAGAGGUCCUGUUUUGCAGUAUAUUACAAAUGAUCGCUAUUGGCUGUAUUGACUUUAUGGAUUAAUACAGAACAAAACAUUGCUAAAUAAGGUUUAUAGAGUUAAAAGCAGAUCCCCAGGGACGCUGCCUAAAUAUCCAGCAACAGCCAUUGUAUUAAAGCUCGAGUACGUCUUAUAAAAAUAAAUGUGCCUGUUUAGAGGAGCUUUUAUACCAAAGUAGGCAAAAAAAAAGAAACUAUCAGUUCUGAAUACUGUUGAAAACGUGUAAAUUUCUAGUCUGCUGUUCACUGUAUAUUUAACUUUUGUUUAAUGAAUUUAUUCUUAAAUAUUUAAGGGACUUCAGUAUAGGAGAUCUUCAUAGAGUGCGUGCACUUGCACUGAACCCUCCACUGAGUUCUAGUUUGAGGUCUUUAUUUCAGAGGCGUUUUAUAAACCUUUAACUUGCUCUUUUCAGGUAUUUUGUAAUAGUUGCAAGCAUUUCUUUAUGACAGACAGACCUUGCUACCCGAUAUUUCAUUAGGAUAUUGCAUAUUCCCACAGGUUUAAUGAUAUUCAGGCAAUCCAGGAAAUGUUGCAUUUCCCAAUUUGUAGAGCACUCUGCUAUUGUUAUUUGAAAUGAAAUGUUCUGAUGCUCGAGGCUUCUGUCACUGUAAAUUAUUGUACAUGCAGUGAGUUUGGAUCAGCAGGAUAUAAUAGUAUUAUAUAUAAAUUAAGGUGCGUGUAAGUAUACAUGAUAUAGUUUUAUUAGAAAUUCCGCGAGUUUAUAAUGUGUAAAUAUUUUGCAUACAAAAACUAAGUUUAAAGCUAUAAUUCCACAGAGUCAGUCAAAGUUUAGAGGGAUAUUUUUUAGGAGCAGUGUUUUUUCUUUCAAAGGAAUUAAAAUGUGCUGCCUCUCCAUUUGCUUCAGCGCAGACACGGAGUUGCACUACUUUAUGUUCAGGGAAGCUCAGAGCAUACAGCGCGUGUGCUCUAAAAUGCACACAACUUAUUUCUUUGUCCUUUAAAUUUCAUUCUCCCUUCAGUAUUUCUCACUGUGGUUUCCAAACCAACAAGAAAUGCCGUGAUCCCAAAGCUUGGCUCGUUGAGGUAAACAAGAUGCAUUUAUUUCAGAUGAAGGAAGAUACUUGGCUGAGAUACACUUUUGAGAACUAUGCAUAUUCUGGUAUAUUUUGCCUUUUACUUGUAGUUUCUAUAUGUAUAUAGAUACGUAUAUAUAAAGCUAAUUUUAUUAGAAUAUUUAAUGUUUCUGUAUUUGAGUUGAAUACAUCGGUGACAUCUCUGAGCGGUGUGGGGAAGUUCAGAAGGUAUAAUUCUACACUACACGAUAACCUGUUGUGUGUGGGGAAAUGUAACAUAAUGGAAAGAUCUUUAUGCGCUCAGUUCAUUACUUAGAUUCCAUUCUUCAUAUUGCUGGUUUGGAUCAGUGUUCAUAGGAAGCUCCUUUCCAUCCAGAUGAGUAUUUGGGCUGUCAUUUGGCAUUGUGAUGUGAGCCUCCCCAGGUCCAAGCCAGGAAGUUCCUGAGGUGGUGAAUAAGGAAGUGAUGGGCAAUGACUGCCAGCUUUGGGAGAGGGAGAGCUGGGCUGUAGCCAGCAGCAGCUACAGCUCCGUGCUGUCCUUUGUGAAACACUGGCCUGAGCUCUGUUACUGUGUUAUUGUUUUAUUUCUCUUGUAUCCUUCCUUCCACGGACCCUGUUCUGUACUGGGAAGUUACUGCAGACUGCUUUCUUCCUUUGCUGCAUGCCUUAUCCAUCCCAGCAUCACCGUUAGGAGUGUUACCUACGGAAGCCUCUCACACUGCCUCCUUUGGAAGUAUGUUGGAGCUCGGUUUGUACGGUGUCACACUUGAGCCCUGGGCCUAUUGCAGCAGCACCGUGGGGCGCCGGGCGAUGAGAGCCGCUCUGAAGCGGGGCGGGAGGGGAGCCCGGUCUCCGUGUGCUCUGUAUGUGCGUGGAUGGGAAUAAAGAAAUAAAGGUUUCUAGAUUUCUCUUUA